CAUGCGCACCUAAGCGGAGUCGGGUCCUCGCCAAUCAGGGCGCGCGCACGGAGCCGCUGGGGCUAGGAGGAGCUCUGCGGAAGAGUAACCAGGCUGCGCAGGCAGCGCCACAGACAGCUAUGGCGGGGUCUUGAGAGGCCGGCGGGGGCACCGCCUUCUCCCGCUCAACGAGUCGCGACCCCGCCCGUAGGACAGACGGUUGGUGGCGCGUGCGGCGGAGGCUGCUAACAUGGGAACGCCACAAAAGGAUGUCGUUAUAAAACCUGAUGCACCAAGCACGUUGUUUUUGGAGAAACAUGCAGAUUACAUAGCUUCUUAUGGUGCAAAGAAAGAUGAUUAUGAGUACUGUAUGUCGGAAUAUUUGAGGAUGAGUGGUGUCUACUGGGGACUGACAGUAAUGGAUCUCAUGGGACAGCUGCAACGAAUGACCAAAGAAGAAAUUCUAGCAUUCAUCAAAUCAUGUCAACAUGAGUGCGGUGGAAUAAGUGCCAGUAUAGGUCACGAUCCUCACCUUUUAUAUACCCUUAGUGCUGUCCAGAUUCUUACCUUAUAUGAUAGUCUCCAUGUUGUUGAUGUAAAUAAAAUUGUUGACUACGUAAAGAGCCUGCAAAAAGAAGAUGGAUCAUUUGCUGGAGACAAAUGGGGAGAAAUAGAUACCAGAUUCUCUUUCUGUGCUGCAGCAACACUAGCUCUUUUGGGAAAGCUAGACGUUAUUGAUGUGGAAAAAGCAGUCAAAUUUGUUUUGUCCUGUAUGAACUUUGAUGGAGGAUUUGGUUGUAGACCAGGUUCUGAAUCGCAUGCAGGGCAGAUCUAUUGUUGCACAGGAUUUCUGGCUAUAACAGGCCAGUUGCACCAAAUAAAUGCGGACUUGCUGGGCUGGUGGCUUUGUGAACGACAGUUACCCUCUGGGGGUCUCAAUGGAAGGCCAGAGAAGUUACCAGAUGUAUGUUAUUCAUGGUGGGUGUUGGCAUCCCUGAAGAUAAUUGGUAGACUACAUUGGAUUGACAGAGAGAAAUUGCGCUGCUUUAUCUUGGCAUGCCAGGAUGAGGAGACUGGAGGAUUUGCAGACAGACCAGGAGAUAUGGUGGAUCCUUUUCACACCUUAUUUGGAAUUGCUGGUCUAUCAUUGUUAGGAGAUGAACAAAUUAAGCCUGUCAGUCCUGUUUUCUGUAUGCCUGAAGACAUCCUUCAAAGAAUAAAUGUACAGCCUGAACUUGUGAGCUAGACCUUACAGAAGCAAACAGUUGCUAUGCUCAGCUGCUUUGAUUUUGUUGGUUGAAACUCAUCUCAACAUACUUGCAUAUAUUUUUCACUUUAAUAUGUUUACAUCAGUACAGUAAGAAAUUAUCACUGUACAAUAAAUCUUGUCACUUUGUCUGUGGAUUGUGUCAAAAUGGCUUGUUUAAAUAAAUUAUGUGGAUGUUAUAUGUAUUGCAGGUUCUGUAACAGAUGAAGAAACAUUUUUAGAUGCAUCUAAAUAUGUGGACCUGUGGGCUCUGUUUGUACACUAACUCAAAACAACAGCAUAUUAAUCACAGUAAUAGAGUACUUGAACGACUUGGUUUUUUUUGUAUUUCCUACAACAUCAAUCAUAAAACAUUGUCUUGAUAAUAUAAGCAUGUAUUGACAGUGAAUUGCCCUGAGCACUGUAUUUAAGAGAAGCAGAGAGAAGAUACUACUAGUUAGAACACUUUGAUGUUAGUGGACACCUGUGCAUUUAAAACAUCCUGUUUAGGAUAUACCAUCAUUUUUAUCUAAUACUGAUAAUUUUCUUCUCAUAGCAAUUGAUAAGUGUAAAGGUUUUUGUUCUCAGCAAAUACAGUUGUUACCCACCAGUAAAGUCCUUUAUUAAAGAAAAUAUUUUUACUACUGGAAAUACAAUAUCAUUUGUGUUGAGUGUAGAUUGAGACUUGCAGGUAAUAAGCAUUCUACAGAUCGCCUCUCUACAGUAGUAUGACUUGCCAAAUGUGCUGCUAAUUGAAAAUUUGUCAUUGAUAUGAAUUACUAUUUCAUUAGCACUUGAGAAAAUAGUUGUGAAAGAAAUAUCAAAUAAAAGUAGCUAUGAAAUAUUUUUUUCUGAAGGAUGAAAUCGUUUUGUCUUCAUUGGAGUGCUUAAAGUGCCUCUAUUUUACAUCCAAUAGCAUUGUGUGUUUGCAUCUGGCCACCAUGUUCUGACUGAGGACUAAAUGAAAUUCCAGUUGGAUCAUAUUAAAGGUAAUUGUGAAGGGAAAAAGUAGCCUUUAACAGUCUCCAGCUUAUUUAUAGUUAAAGAUGUCCUAAAAAGAUUUUUCAAAAUAGUUCUCCAUUUUUUUAAUAGAAUGGUCAAUGCAGAGCACUAAUCCUUUCUUCAAUUGGCUUAUUUUAAGGUUAUUUUUCUUUAAAAGCCUUUUUGCCAGUCAAACUAUUUUUUCUAAAUUAAUGGAUGGUUCUUUUAGAUAAGACUACUGGUAAGAAAAGUUUUACAAAGCAAACUAGUAUCCUAAUUAGUCAUUGUUUUAAAUAUAUUUUCUUGUCUUCCAUUUUAAUUACAAUAUAUAGAAUUUUUGGAAAGAUUCUGGUACUGUAUACUGUAAAAAAAAAAAAAAAAAAAAAAAAAAAAAAAUUGAGAUUGGCAUAUCUCCUAGAACUGGAAGGGACCUUGAGAGGUCAUUGAGUCCAGCCCCCUGCCUUCACUAGCAGGACCAAUUUUUGCCCCAGAUCCCUAAGUGGCCCCCCUCGAGGAUUGAACUCACAACCCUGGGUUUAGCAGGCCAAUGCUCAAACCACUGAGCUAUCCCUCCUCCCAAUUGUAGUUAAUCCAGCAAUGUGUAUCACUACACAUUCAUUUGUAAACUGAAUGAGAUAUAAUCUUCCAUUAAUAAAGCAUCCAGUGAAGAAAAUUAGUUGUCCUUUACAACAUGUGGAAGUUAAAGUACUUAGUUUCAGAGCAGAGUGCAUUGGUAUCAUUAACUACCUCAUUUUAUCUUGUUAAAUGUUAAGAUUUUCAGCUCACUUUGUGGAAUUACAGUAAGAUAUUAGUACUGUCUUUGAUAGCUUGUCUUUGCAUGUAGAGAUCCUUUAUUAAAUGUUUUCACACA